UUUUCCUCUGGGCUAGCUACAAUGUCGGAUAUCCGUGUCAAAGGAUAGUCUGCGGUUUUGUUUCGUGUCAGUACACUAAAUCCACAGAAAAUCACGCCAUUAUUGAGAGGUAGUUAGGCAUACGUGCUGGACUGUGUUGGUAGAGCCGCUUAGUCAACAAGUCGAGAGCCGGCUCACUUUGCUUCACACUUCACAGCCUCAGAGGAGACCGGAAUUUUAUCUUUUCAUUUUCAGUUUCUCACGUAAUAUCGACAUUUUUCUGUCGGAGUGACGCAAACCUCCGUGUUGUUGGACAAUACCUAUGUCGAUGGUCGGCUGUUUGUUUAUGAGACUUGAUAACUGAAUAACACUACAGCGUUUUACACUAGGCGCUCUCUCCGUCCAACGUGUUGGUAAACUAUAGACAGUUUCAGUCCCUACAUGCUUUAGUGAUACCCUUCACAGAAAAGUCAACUUUUAGCCUGCCAGCAUUUCCAACGUUUCAACAAUGGCAAAACCCAAGCUGAUCGUGUUUGAUUUAGAUUACACCUUAUGGCCUUUCUGGAUAGAUACACAUGUCGAUCCACCAUUCAAAAAGAAAAGUGAUGGCAGAAUUCACGACCGGAAUGGACAGAGGAUCAAGUUUUAUUCCUGCGUGCCUGACAUCUUACAAAGGCUUCAAAAUGAAGGCUACCAGCUUGGAGUGGCAUCAAGAACUGGCGCAACAGCUGAGGCUAAUGAACUGUUGAUACUGUUUGAUUGGGAUAAAUACUUUGCGUACAAGGAGAUAUAUCCAGGUUCUAAAACUACCCACUUUGCGAGAUUUUUGAAAAACAGUGGUCUGCAGUAUCAGGACAUGUUGUUUUUUGAUGAUGAACAUAGGAAUAUAAUAGAAGUGCGUAACCUAGGUGUCACCUGUAUACUGGCAGAAGAUGGCGUCACAGAAGAAGUGAUACAACGCGGCUUUAAACAAUAUGCGCAGGACAGGAACCAGAAUCAAUCUACGUCAGCUUUAUGACCAGAAGAAUUCUAAUGAACUGUAGAUGUGAUAUGGAGAUUAUUUCGUGAAGUUAAAAAAAAGUCGGGUUUUAUGCCUUUUGUUUUGAUUUGCCAAUAUGUAAAUUGUGGAAGAAUAUUGAACUCGUAGACGAAAAUUGCCGUCAUUAUGCAUUUGUGCAAGAUUUGAAGGGCUGUUAUAACACGCAUGUGCUUUAUUCACAGAUGAAGGUGUCUUUUACCAACAGUAUUAUCCCGAUUUGGGAUGUAUGCUCUUGGGGUAUAGCACAGAUCGUUUGUCCCAGAGUGAUCUCAGCCAAUUUUGGGCACUGGGAUCCAUACUCCUUACAGCGCAUGCAUCGCUCUCUACCUGUAGGUUUAUAUCACAUCCAUCAAUAGCAGAUUUUGUACAGAAAUCUUGAACAACGCCGAGGUCACGGCGGUCACGGUGAAGAGGCAGGAAGUGAUGUCAGAAAACACAAACAAUCCGCCUCAACCUUUGUCUCUAAUAAUACUUUAUAUGUAUGUUUUUCCUUCAUCUAAAGUAUAUGACCAACAUGAUUCUAACCAAAACCUAAAACAAUUUUAUUGGUGAAUGCUGAUGGCAGUGGUGUAAAGCGAUAGAUAGCGAGUGACGCAUGUGAUGUAAGCAGUAUGACUAAGAUCUUUGCUGUAGCCAAAAAGUGUAAAUCCUCAAUAACGACGAUGCUGUUACUUAAACCAAUUUCUAAAUGACACCAAUUAGUCGGUGAAGUCUUUGCUGUUGUUGGCGUCAAAGGACUGCUCUGAGAUCGGAAUUUCUGGAUGGAAUUUAUUCGUUUAGACUACCAUUGUUCUCUUGCGCAGAGAACGGCAUGCGCCUGUGAUCUGCUUAUGUUCACAACUACUUGUCCUCUGCCGCAAAUCUUGAUACAGUGAUGUAGAGAUAGCUAAUUAAACGUAAUCCAGACUGAUUACUGGAAAUUAGUUAGGCUUAAAGCUGUCAUUGAACGCCACAAGAAAUGCAUUGUUUUCCCCACUCUGAUUUUCGGCAUUUUACAACCUACUUUCCUUUAAAAAAAUGAAUAGGUCUGCGUGACAACGAUGUGCGAAAUACCGGGCGGUACACCUAUUUCCUUGAGAUUUUUUUUCUCUUCCCAGACAUUGCUCUCUGCAAUUGUACUACAAAUUUUAAUAAAUAUUGUGAGAAGUGUAUGGUUUAUUUUAAAACUGUGUGGUUUCUGCUGAUUACCUUAAACUUAUCUAAGUGAGACGAAGUAUUUUAGUAAUAGAUCUAACAAUAAAACCCAGUCACAAACAAUAUGAACAACAAAUAUAUCACUCAUGACCGCUGACCAUUUUGCUUUCCUUCACUGUGACAUUGAAUAGCUCAUGGUUUACUUCGGGCACUACGGUUUCCUCCUCCGUAUAUGCAAAAACUUUUCAUGUAUGACGAUAAACUCAGACCAUGCAGAAAAACCUAAAUCCUGCGCUUAUACAAAUCUCUAAUCUGAACUUGUUUGGGCUAAAUUGUGCUAAAGGUUAAAAUUUUGACUUCAAGGUGAAGAGCAACUUACUUUUUUUUUUAUUUCACUGGUGUUUUACGCCGUAUUCAAGAAUGGAUAAAGUACAAGGCUGUCUACGUUUGUAAACUGUUGUGAAUAGAUUUCUGUUACAACAUUAAUUUAAAGGAUAUGUCUGUUUUCCUUAUUUAAGUAAUUGACUUAAAAAUACCGAACCAAUAAAUACAUCUUAAAAUGCCUGUAUCAGAAAUAAAGUAAGUAAAUGAUUAGAUCAAAAGUCUUUCUCUUCCUUAAGAGCAUAUUGUUUACUGCCUCCUUCAUUGUUGAAACAUUGAAUGUUAAAAUGCAUGUGAGUUCAAACUGAAAAACCAGUAGUAGUAGGAAGGUCUGUCAGCAACCUGCGGAUGGUUGUGGGAUCUCCCCGGGCUCUGCCCGGUUUCCUCCCACCAUAAUGCUGGCCGCCGUGGUAUAAGUGAAAUAAUCUUGAGUAAGGCGUAAAACACCAAUCAAAUAAAUAAAUCAAAAACCAUAUGACGUGAAUAAUGAUGUCUUAAGUAUAUUUUCAUGUUGGCGGGUUAAUGUCCAGAGCCUUUGUCAUUUGUUGUUACCGGAACUAGAAUAGCUCUUUUAACACAAGCGUUUCUUACGAACUUUAUUUAUUGGCGUGCGAAAACCUACUCGUUGAAGCCUUAUCAGUGUGAAAUUUUAUUUAGCGAAUUGCUACUUGCUUUGCCCCCUUUUUGGAUCUAUCCAUGCGUUUUUAUGUUAGUAUUUUGAAACGGAAUUGUGUAACCUAAAAUAACCACGGCCAUAUUCCAAUGUUCCGUAUUUGUUUCAUUAUUGCAAUUGUUUUUUGUUUUUUAUCAUGCUAGGGGUAUUGUUACCUUAUUUUUACUAUAACUAUGUACAUGUACACACUUUCAUUCCCGCAGUGUAAUUUUAUUACUUUAAUAGAUUCUCAUAAGAAUAUUACUCGCAUAUAACUGAAAGACAUUAUUUUGUUCCCUCAAACCUGGUUGUAUUAUUCCUUUAUGCUGAUUACUGUCAAAUGUAUAGUUUUAUCUAUCACACUGUCUUUGUUACAGUCACAUACUAAUAUAUUUCGUGUGUUUUUAUGAUCUUCAAAAAAUAAUGUUAAUUUUAACAAAAAGUCUUGUUUGAGUGAUAUAUGUACUGUAGAAUGUAUUCUGUUAUUGCAGUAGAUUAUUGUUUUAAAUAUAGCACACACAUUCUGUUAACUCAGCAUAAAGAUUGUGUUAGACUAACAAAAUAAUGUGUUGAAUAUGACAGAAUAUUAUGUUAUAAUAACAGAAUACAUUCUAGCAUCACUCAGACCACAGACUUUUCUAGAUAAAUGAACAGAUUUUUUGUUUGAGUUUGGAAAAUAUACAUUGCAUGCAUGUAAAUCGAUCCUAGCCUGCGAACUGUUCUCAUCUGUCUUUCCAAAGAUGUGACAUUAGUAUGUACACGAAUUACAGAGAGAGGUUGAGAUCUCUGUUUCAAGUUAACAACGACUAACAACGAAUUCCAAGAUUCACACUGUGUGUUUUCUCUGUCAUCCGGGUUGUCAUUGUUGUAGCUUAGGAACAAUGAUGUAUAGGUCUCUCUACGUCUUUACGUAAUAUAACCUGGCGACCAGUCCAUUGCUGGCUUAUUUGAUUAAAAAUGUUCUUCUUGGCACAUCUAGCCUGAUCGGAUCCAGGCCAAUUUGGUCUUGUGUUCGAAUCCCUGCAUGUGGCUCAUGCUGGUUUUGCUACCUACUGAUUAAAGUUAUGGAAAGUGCUUGGCCGAAGACGAAGGGCGGUAGUUUAUUCUUGGCACCCCUGUUUCCUGUACCUAUAAACCUGAUCACUGUACUGUAUGAGUGAAAAAAUAAACAACAAAAAAAACAAAUCAUGUCGGAGUAUACUGUACAGCGUUAAAUACCAGACAAAUAUAUAAUAUACAGUCCAAUGGACGUAUACAUUGUUAAGUAAAAUUGCCUUUAGCCAUAAGUACUCUAUCUCCCAGCCUACAAUAUGCUGAGUUCAGCAGACAGAUCAGUUGAGUUUGGUGAAAGAGUAAACUCUCUCCUUUUUUACUACACUGUUUUUGUACUACACUCAUUUCCGGCGUAAAGACGAAUUCUGUAAUCUAGUAUGCGAGUUCUUUUAGAAAUGAGAACUUGCUUUCCAGACGAAGGACGUAUACCUUAACCAAUAAAAUACCUGUAUG